AGUUGUGACGUUUACUGCACGCCGGAAGGAGAACCUGCGAGCGCUUUUAGAACUAUGGCGGCGGUGGAUAUUCGAGAUAAUCUGCUGGGAAUCUCUUGGGUUGACAGUUCCUGGAUCCCCAUUUUGAACAGUGGAAGUGUCCUGGAUUACUUUUCAGAAAGAAGUAAUCCUUUUUAUGACAGAACAUGUAAUAAUGAGGUGGUCAAAAUGCAGAGGCUAACAUUAGAACACUUAAAUCAAAUGGUUGGAGUAGAAUACAUCCUUUUACAUGCUCAGGAGCCCAUUCUUUUUAUCAUUCGGAAGCAACAGCGGCAGUCCCCUACCCAAGUUAUCCCACUGGCUGAUUACUAUAUCAUUGCUGGAGUGAUCUAUCAAGCCCCAGACUUGGGGUCUGUUAUAAACUCUAGGGUGAAUUUGUUCUCUUUUCGCAAGCUUACUGCGGUGCACGGCAUUCAGUCAGCCUUUGAUGAAGCCAUGUCCUACUGUCGGUACCACCCUUCCAAAGGGUACUGGUGGCAUUUCAAAGAUCAUGAAGAGCAAGAUAAAGUCAAACCUAAAGCUAAAAGGAAAGAAGAACCAAGCUCUAUUUUUCAGAGACAACGUGUGGAUGCUUUACUCCUAGACCUAAGACAGAAAUUUCCACCCAAAUUUGUGCAGCAAAAGUCUGGAGAAAAGCCUGUCCCAGUGGAUCAGACAAAGAAAGAGACAGAACCUGUACCAGAAACUGUAAAAUCUGAAGAGAAGGAGACCACAAAGAACGUCCAACAGAUAGUGAGCACCAAAGGCCCUCCUGAAAAACGAAUGAGACUUCAGUGAGCACUGGAGAAGAGAGAAGCUUGCAAGACUCCUCUUGCCCGUUAUUUAUACCUCAUUACUGUGACAGGCUCUUGAACUUGGAAAUUCUUUGUCACAGCCCUUCCAUUUGUAUGAAUGUGCUUGUUCUUUAAAAAAGGAUGGAAGGAUCCUCAUGCUUUUGAUACGAAUAUUUUUAAUGUAUAUUUUGUAACCUUUUCCCUAUUCGGCUUGAGCAGCCUCCUCACUCAAAUGUACACUGCUAUAUACAUCCAAAAGCAAAAUAAAGAUAUUUAUAUAAAGCACUUACUCAUGAUUUUUUCCCUUUAUUUCUGUCACUGAAAUGUUUCCAGAUGCACUUUGUAAACAUAAAGAACUAAUGUGAAAGCAGUAACUGAGCUCAUUUUCUUUUAUUGUGUAUUUCUCAGUAUU